AUGAGCAGUGUCAUUAAGCUGGGUUGCAUCAUAUACGUUCUUAUGACUGACAAUGAACCCUGCACACGAACUCUUUACUUCUAUCUCCUCCUAUAUGCUACCUGUGAAAUUUAUGAAAUCUUAUUUUCGCUUAUUAUCCUUUUCCAUCGAUGAUGCUAUGCAAGAAUUCCGCAAUCAAUGCUUCAAACAGGACAAAUCAGUUAUGAAUGGUAAAAUAAAAUUAGCUUAAGAGUUAUCCUCACGAUAGCAAUGACUGUUGAUGUUUUAAAAGACUACAAUUGCAAUUUGCAUUCCAUGAUGGGGAUUUUAUCAAUCUGCUUAUGUAUUUUUGUAUAUGUGAAAUAUUUGUUUAUCAUCUUAUAUUUUAUUUUGUUUUACCUAUGCUGGAAUAGAAGAAAUAGGGUAGUGAAUCUUCAAAAUAAUUCACGAAAUCAAAGUGAUUUUGUGGGGUCAUCGCUUAAUGAACACUUAGCACCCCUUCCUGAAGGAGAAAGAUGUCCUAUAUGCAUGGAAGUAGAAGGAGGAGAAAGCGUAGUUUUACCUUGUGGCCAUGGAUUUCAUUUAGACUGCAUCAAAGAUUGGCUUACAAUUAAUAGAAUUUGUCCUAUGUGUCGAGCUCCAUAUGAAGAUGAAUAA